AUGACGUAUUUGAAAAUGAAAACCAGAGUUGAGAAAUUCAUAGAGGACUCCCAACCUAUAACACAAGCCAACAAUGUGGAUCAGUUGGACAAUAGUUUUCCACCAACCGAGGAAAAUUAUGAUAAAGCCAUCGAAGCUCUGAAAACUAGAUUUGGUCGACGUGAAUUACUGGCGGAGGUAUACGUGAGGGAGUUAUUAAAGUUGGUACUCACAAAUGCAGUUACACCACAAGGGCAAGUUCCACUGACGAGUAUUUUCGACAAACUCAAAACUCAGAUGAGAGCUUUAAAAUCGUUGGGAGUCACGACUGAUACAUGUACUGCCAUGCUUUAUCCAUUGGUGGAGUCGUCCUUGCCUGAAGAAAUGUUACGAGUCUGGCAGAGACAAGUGAGCACACCUGCAACCAACGGAUCAAGUGGGUCGACCUCUAUCACUCGUCAGGACAGGUUGACUAGGUUGAUGGAGUUUCUCGAAGCUGAGGUGGAAAAUGAAGAAAGGAUAGCCAUCGCAGUUGGAGGUUUGGAUUUAAUCAAUGGGUCGACACCGAAACCAAAGAAUAAGUCCAAAGCUGACAGCAAUCCAAAAGGUAAUCAGGUAUCAACAGCAGCUGGGCUUCUUACUAUCAAAGAUACUAAGACACUGGAGUGUAUUUUUUGCGGAGAUCACGAGGUUCUCAGACUGUUUCAAGGCUAA